GUGUUCCACGUGUACAGGGCGGGGCGCACAGGGCCCGUGCUGCUGUGCCUGCAUGGGGGCGGCUAUGCCGGGGCAUCGUUUGCAGUGGCGGCGGGGCACAUGAGGGGCGAGGUGCAGGUGGUGGCCAUGGACAUGCGUGGCCACGGCGCCACGCGCACCGCCAACGACCUCGACCUCUCCGCCCAGACGCUGGUGGAGGAUGUGGCAGGCGUGGCAAGGAAGCUCUUUGGUGACUCACCUCCCGCCAUCGUGCUGCUGGGUCACAGCAUGGGGGGGGCGGUGGCAGUGCGCGUGGCGGAGCAGCAGCUGCUGCCAUCACUGGCAGGCCUCGUCGUCGUCGACGUCGUCGAGGGCAGCGCCGUGGCAUCGCUGGGCCACAUGCACGCAGUGCUGGCGUCGCGCCCCUCACACUUCCCAUCGCUCCACAAAGCCGUGGAGUGGAGUGUGCGGUCGGGGCAUCUGAGGAGCGUUGAGUCGGCGCGUGUCUCGGUGCCACCCACCCUCGUGCCAGACGCCACGGGGAAGGGGUUUGUAUGGCGCACCCCCCUGGAGAAAUCUCAGCCCUACUGGAAGGGAUGGUACACGGGUCUGUCGGACCUCUUUCUGCGCUGCCCCGUGCCCAAGCUGCUGCUGCUCGCCGGCACCGACCGCCUCGACAAGCCGCUGACCAUCGCUCAGAUGCAGGGCCGCUUCCAAAUGCUCGUUGUCCGCCACUCAGGCCACGCCAUCCAGGAGGACGAGAGCUUGGAAUUCUCUUCCAGCGUGCUGCACUUCAUUGCAAGAAACCGAAUCACACAGCGUGGCGUUAUGGUUGGUGGUUUCAUCCAUCAUUGA